AUGGACAACCAAUCCGUCAAGUCCGGUAAUCCUCAAGAAGUAAAAUUACUAUGUGAAAAGGGUGUGAAUAAUCAUCAAUCUGAUAAUCUUAAUGAAGCAAUUUCUUGCUGCGCACAACUCUCGGAUAGCCUUCAAGCCAUAUUGGCAUGUAGUGAAGACUAUUAUCGAUUUCAAAGCGAUAUCUGUCUUCUUAUUAGCGAGAUUUAUAUACGAAGAAGUGAAUGGAUGAAAGCGGAAGAAUUCAACGAGAAAGCAAGAGAAAUUGCCGAAAAAUCACAAGAACAAAUCAUCAUUACUCAAUGUUUAGAUAGACAUGGUGAUAUUAAACGAAUGCAAGAAGAUUGGAGUAAAGCAUUAGAUUACUAUACGAAAUCACUGGAUUUAAAAUUAAGUUGCGUAGGCAGGAACGAUUUAGGUAUCAGCCAUUCUUAUGAACUAUUAGGAUUCGUCUAUUUUGCUCAAGGUAAAUAUCAAGACGUUUUUUCUAUGUUUAAAAAGUCGCUUAAAAUUCAAUUAUCAAUCUAUGGUCAUAAUCAUGCCAGUGUUGCCGCAAUCUAUAACAACCUGGGCGCCGUUUAUAGUCAUCAAGCCAAGCAUGAUGAGGCUAUUUCUAUGUAUAACAAAUCGCUCAAAAUUCAAUUAGCCGUCUUCGAUCACAAUCAUCCUGAUAUUUCUACGUCCUAUGCCAAUUUAGGAAAUUGCUAUGCUUAUCAGAGCAAGCAUGAAGAAGCUAUUUCAAUGUUGAAACAAUCACUUCAAAUUCAAUUAUCAGUCUUAGGUCAUCAUCAUCCCGAUGUUGCCGCCACCUAUAACAACAUGGGAGCCUUAUAUAAUGAUCGAGCCAAGUAUGAAGAGGCAAUUUCUAUGUACAAGAAGUCAAUCAAAAUUCAAUUAUCGCUCCUUGGUCAUCAUCAUCCCGAUGUUGCCAAAACCUAUAACAACCUUGGGAUCGCUUACAGUCAUCAGAGCAGAUAUGAAGAGGCUAUUGCUAUGCAUAAAAAGUCCCUCCAAAUUAAAUUGUUCGUUCAUAGCCACGACCAUCCUGAUGUGGCCAAUUCAUACGGCAAUUUAGGAAAUGUAUAUCGUGAUCAUGGCAAACAGGAAGAAGCUAUUGCUAUGUACGAGAAAUCGCUCAAAAUUCUAUUGAAGGUUCAUGGUCAACAUCAUUCAAAUGUGGCCAAAUUAUACGGCAAUCUAGGAAAUGUCUAUAUUGAUCAAGGCAAGCAUGAAAUGGCAAUCGCCAUGUAUGAGAAGUCCUUAAAAAUUCAAGUGUUUGUCCUUGACUACAACCAUCCCGAUAUUGCUGCAUCCUAUAACGACAUAGGAACUGCGUAUAAGCAUCAAGGCAAGUAUGAGGAGGCUACUUCUAUGUACCAGAAAUCAUUGAAAAUUCAAUUAUCCAUCCUUGAUCCUAAUCAUCCCAGUAUUGCUGCAACCUAUAAUAACUUGGGAGUCUCGUAUGCUGCUCAAAGCAAGCAUGAAGAAGCUGUUUCCAUGUAUGAAAAAUCAGUCAAAAUUAAAGAAUCGGUCCUUGGACAUAAUCAUCCUGAUAUUGCUGUAUCCUAUAACAACAUUGGUCUUGCCUAUCAUGAUCAGGGUAAGCAUGAAGAGGCCAUUCCUAUGUUGGAGAAAUCACUCAAAAUUCAAUUAUCAGUCUUUAGUGACAAUCAUCCCAAUGUUGCCAAAUCCUAUUGCAAUUUAGGAAAUGUUUAUGCUCACUAUGGCAAGUAUGAAAAUGCUAUUUGUAUGUAUGAGAAAUCACUCCAAAUUCAAUUAUUAGUCCUCGGUCAUAAUCAUCCCGAUCUUGUCAAACCUUACAACAAUCUAGCAAAUGUAUAUUCUAGUCAAAUCAAAUAUCAAGAGGCAAUUUCUUUAUAUAAAAAAUCAUUAAAUAUUCAAUUAUCUGUCUUUGGUUGCAAUCAUCCUGAUGUUGCUGCAUCUUAUAAUAACCUUGGUCUUACCUAUUUGCGUCAGGCCAAGUAUGAGGAGGCUAUUUCCAUGUAUAAGAAGUCCUUCAAAAUUCAGUUAUCCGUUCUUGGUCACGAUCAUCUCGAUGUUGCUGCAACAUAUAAUAACAUCGGCCUUGCCUAUUCCAAUCUUAGCAAUCAUGACGAAGCAAUAUCGAUGCAUGAAAAGUCACUCAAAAUUAAAUUAUCCAUCCUUGGUCACCGUCAUUCUCUUGUUGCAACAUCUUACGACAACAUUGGAACUGUUAAAAGAGAGCAGGGUAAGCAUAAAGAGGCUAUUUCUAUGUACGAGAAGUCACUCAAAAUUCAAUUGGCAAUUUUCGAUCACAAUCAUCCCGAUAUUGCUCUAUCAUACCGCCAUCUAGCUAAUGUUUAUACUCAGCAAGGCAAGUAUAACGAUGCUACCUCUAUGUACGAGAAAGCAUUAAAAAUUCAACUAUCAGUCCUAGGCCAUCAUCAUCCUGACGUUGCUGCAUCCUAUAACAACCUUGGAGGGCUUUAUUACUAUCAGAAUAAACUUAAAAAGGCUAUUUCUAUGUUUGACAAAGGCCUCCAAAUUCAAAUAUCGGUCCUUGGUCAAAAUCAUUCCAAUGUUGCUGCAACUUAUAAUAACAUGGGAAGUGUGUACAGUGAUCAAGGCAAGUAUGAAGAGGCAAUUUCUAUGCAUCAGAAAUCACUUAAAAUCAGAUUAUCAGCCUUUGAUCAAAAUCAUCCCGAAGUGGCUACAUCGUACGGCAAUCUAGGAAUUGUCUAUAGGAAUCAGGGCAAGUAUGAACAAGCAAUUUCUAUGUUUAAGAAAUCGCUUAAAAUUGAAUUGUCAGUUCUUGGCUCCAAACAUCACUCCCUUGCCGAUACAUAUAUCAAUAUGGGAGCUGUAUAUGGUGAUCAGGGUAAGUAUGAGGAAGCAAUUUCUAUGUACAAGAAAUCACUCAAAAUUCAGUUGUUCAAUUUUGGUUAUCAUCAUCCUAAAAUUGCCAGAUUAUAUAAGAAUAUUGGGACUGUAUAUGAUCUUCAGGGCAAGUAUGAUGAGGCUAUUUUUAUGUACGAGAAAUCGUUUAAAAUUCAAGUGUCAUUCUUUGGUCAAAAUCAUUCUGAUGUUGCCAUGUUACUAGAUAGUUUAGGGAACGCUUAUAUUCAUCAGGGCAAGCAUGAGGAAGCUCUAUCUAAGUAUGAGGAUUCGCUUAAAAUUAAAUUGUCCAUUCUUGAUCUCAACCAUCCUAGUAUUGCUGCAUCAUAUGACAAUCUAGGAAAUGUCUAUUCUCGUAAAAAUAAGCUUGAAGAAGCUCUUUCUAUGUUUGAGAAGUCACUUAAGAUUCAGUUAUUAAUCCAUGGCGACAAUCAUCACAAUGUUGCCCUGACAUACUGCAAUGUUGGACUCGUCUGUGCAAAGGAUAAGAAGUAUGAAGACGCUAUCUUAAUGUACGAGAAAUCGCUUCAAAUUCAAUUAUCCGCUCUUGGUCACAAUCAUCCUCAUGUUGCUAAAUCAUAUGGUAGUCUAGGAAACGUUUAUAAUCUUCAGUCCAAGUAUGAAGAAGCUCUUUCCAUGUAUAAGAAAUCACUUCAAAUUCAAUUAUUGAUCCUUGAUCAUAAUCAUCCCGAUAUUGCUAAAUCAUAUUGUAAUCUAGGUAGUAUUUAUUCUCGUCAAGGGAGGUAUAACGAAGCUCUUUCAAUGUGUGAGAAAGCACUGAAAAUUCAAUUAUUAGUGCUUGACCAAAAUCAUCCCGAUGUUAGUGUAUCGUAUUACGAAAUAGGAAAAAUCUAUGAUGAUCAGGGCAAGCAUGAAGAAGCUCGUUCAAGGUUUCAGAAAUCACUUCAAAUUUAUUACCACAAUCAUCCUGAUGAAUGCAGCCGUGAUAAUAUAAGCAAUAAUGAAUAA